UCCAUUUUUUUAGAGUAAAAAGGAGAGUGAAGUGGGAGGGAAAAGAAGAGAAGAGAAGAGAGAAACUGUGAACUGUGUGAAUUAAGUUUUCUUCUUCUUCUUCUUUCAAGAUGAGUGCAAUGAAGUUUUGCCGCGAAUGUAACAACAUUCUUUACCCUAAGGAAGACAAAGAACAGAAAAUUCUCCUCUAUGCUUGCCGCAAUUGCGAUCAUCAGGAGGCUGCCGAUAACUUCAUUGUGUACAGAAAUCAAAUUCACCACUCUGUUGCUGACCGCACUCGAGUGUUGCAGGAUGUAGCUGCGGAUCCAACUCUUCCUCGCACCAAGGCUGUUAAAUGCAUUCAAUGCAAUCAUGGUGAAGCUGUGUUUUUUCAGGCAACUGCAAGAGGGGAGGAGGGAAUGACGCUUUUCUUCGUUUGCUGCAAUCCAAGCUGUGCACACCGUUGGAAAGACUGAGAUUCUAGCCUGCUCAAAUUAAGGUUUAACUGUUGGGGAAAUCUAACACAUUUUGUAGUACACUCUUAAAUAGAAAGACUGAAUUUUGUAGUUAAUAUGAAAACAUGGCAUGUGUGCUACUACCUGUUUUAACUGUAGUUGUUGAUCAAAUGAUUGAUGAACAAAUCCUUUGAUGGAUGGAAAAAUUCUACCAACUAAAAUCUUCAUAGUAUUGUUAAA